CUAAAGCCUUGUGGUGUUGAAUGUUUAUGCUUUAAUUUUCAGGAAUGGUUGACCUCUUCGCGUAGACCACCCCUAUAUUUCCCAUAAUGUGGCAAUGUAGGAAAUGCGGGAAACCGGUGUAUUUUGCUGAAAGAAAGCAGUCUCUUGGUUUUGACUGGCAUCCUAAUUGCUUACGUUGCGAAGAGUGCGGGAAACGUUUAAACCCAGGCCAACAUGCUGAGCACAAAGGGGUACCAUACUGCCACCAUCCUUGUUAUGGUGCCUUGUUUGGCCCGCAACUGUUUGGGCAUGGCACACGAAACGAGUGCCACACGUCUUUUGGCAAGGUGGAGAACAGAGAUGGGCAGGUGAAAAGGUCUCAUCUAGAAGGCAAGUUAAAAGCCUACAAUCAAUACUAUGAAGGAAAACCUGGAGAGCUUAAAAGCAGAGAGGCCAAUGGAAGAAUGAUAUUGGAGGGCGUUUUGAGAAUCUACUGGGGCGUGCGAAAUGUGAUACAUCUGAAGGAAGAAGAUGACCAGAGAACUAUAGCCGUUCGCAGAAGGUCAACAGUCAACUCUACUGACUUUUACUCUGAUAAUAGUGAUGAUGAGGAUCCUCCUCUUUGGCGGGAAGAGACUGUGAAUGGUUGGUCUACACCACAGUCUCCAAGCACACCAGUGACUCCUGGGAGUGCUGAAUAUGGGAGGAGCACAGUGCCUUUUGGUUUUUAUUCUUCUUUAGAACGAAGUGAUAGCAAUUCUUCUAAUAGAGUGUUGAUGGACAUGUCCCCUGAAAAGGAUGAUCAACAUGGGUGUGAUAAUGCGGAGGGAGACACCGCCAUGAAUUCUGAUAGUUUUGUAACUUUGUCAUCUCCUUCUGGUGAUUAUUCUCCAAGUGCUGAGGCUUCAAGUAAUUUAGAUCAUGCCAGUAAAAACGAAAACUCUUUUGCUGAUACUAGUGCCAAUGAUUCUGUAUUAGAGAAGGAUGCAAGUUUCGAUGAGCAGAAAUCAAGGAAGGCUGCUGUUAAAACGGGGAGCACUGCAAUUAGAAGACGACCUGGAAGAAGAAUGAAUAAAGCUAGAGUUAAGAGACGAUGUUCUAUUAAUGGUCACUUCUACUUGCGUGAAACCAGUUCAUUUACUCCGCCGCAUGGUUCUGCAUGCAGUGUUUGGGUAACAUCACUAGUAACAGUGGAAGAGGUUCUUAACAUGCUUCUGGAGAAGUACAAGGUUGAGAUGUCUUCAAAGAACUUUGCCCUCUUUGUGAUUAAAGAUAACGGAGAGAGGAGGAGAAUAAAGGAUGAAGAAUAUCCUUUGAUAACAAGAGUGAUGCUUGGGCCUCAUGAAGAGGUAGCAAAAAUCUUUAUUGUUGAUGCUCAACAAACAGAGGAGAUCUCUCCUCAGGUGGCGCAGUUUCUUAAUCUGAGUUUGGCUGAAUGUAGGGCAAUAUUGCUACAGUAUGAACAAGAAGAAAUGAGGCAAAUACAUGCAUUAAGACAAAAGUACGAAGAUAUGGCUUAUUACAUUCAACGCAGAAUGAAGGAGUUAAGGGGUGUGUGAUUACAUGUGCUUUCACCUGGAGUGUUUACCUUUCUUGAACUACUCAGUCUUAGCUCCCUUGGGAAUAAGAGCAUAAACCAUUCCUGUUAAGUGUCAACUGAAAACCAAAAACCAUUCCAGGUUAUAAGUAUGAUGCAAACCAAAUAUAGCUUCUCAGUUAAUCUUAAAUCCACUUAGGGCUUGGAUUCAAGAAAAAGGUUUCCAUGGCAUUUCUGAUAUUGUUUGGGCAUUGAAAUGGGCUUUAAACAUUUGUCUCUUUUGUGUCCCCAAUUGAUUUUUCUCUGGCCUUAGAUAACUUAGAAUUAGAUGAACAUUCAUAAGUAAUCCUUAUCACAAAUGGCUCUGCAACGAUUCUUGAGAAUCCAGGCCCUUGUUUUAAAGACUUCUUAGGCUCAUUUGUUUUUAUAUUGUUUGUGUACGUAUUUUUGGUUGAGAAAUUUUAUUAUAUGAAUUCUAUUUUUUAGUUUUGUAGUUUAUGUAUCAUAUAAAAAUAUAUACUGUACUUUCAUAGUUUACAUAUGCUUUUAUUUAGUUGUCUUUGAAGAUGGCCAAAACGAUCUCAAUGUUUUUCUGGCAGGUUUUCUUAAUCUUGAAAGUAUUUACUCAAAGUUGAUGAAUCUCCAGUGUGCUGAGAUCAGUGGACAAUAUUUUUGGCUGCCUAUCAAAGUCACUGAUAUUAUUAGUUUUAUGAAUUAUAGUUCUGUGUGUUAGGUAUUUCCCUAAUCGGGUAGAAGAAAAUGUUUGAUUUUGACGUCAUAUCAAUGUGUCAGGUGUUUCAUGAUAUUGGAAGAAGUACAGUUCAUGUUAUUUAACAACUUGUUACCCUAUAUAAUUUGCCUGCUUUGAGAUUUUUCUUUUUGCAAUCAUUAUGUAUUUACAUAAAGGAAGAAUUAUUUAAUGUCUCAAGUCAAAGCUAUGGGCUAGUAGUUCACACUGGGAAUCUUCCUUGUUUGGUAGGGAAGCAAAUUGGGAAAAAUUUUUAAACAUCCAUACUAAAUUUUUGUGGCAGGGGAAAUACAAUGAGGAAAUAUUUAAAAAAAUAAAAAAAAAGUCUAUUGGGAAAAUUUCUUGGAGCUUUGUUGCAAAGAAAAUUGUGACAGUAAAGUUUGCAUUUAGGAAGAGAAGAUAGACGAUUAUGUUCAUUAUGAUUUAUUGCUUACCUGCCUUUAGACCAACACUAACUUCAAUUAAAUUUUAUAUAAAUUGUCUAAUACCAAAAUAGACUAACUUUAUUUAAAUUAUAUAAAUUUUCUAACAUCAAAGUUACAUUAAGUAACUGGAAUUUAAAAAUUUCGGCCCUUUUAAAACUUGUUCUUUUGCACAAGAACUGAAACAAGGAUUGGCAAGUCUGUAUGGUAAUUUUAGUCUCAUUUAAUGUAUGACCAGUAAAAUUAAUGAAUCGCCAUGUGCAAGUUCUUACAACUUUCUUGAAGGGUUUUUGUUAUACAGUUUGCAAGAGGCUUAUCAUAUCCAUUGACAGACAAGUUUUUUCCCAUAGGGGAUGGUAAGUAUCGAUAGUCAGAGUGCCUGUCCUUCAUAAUGUAUAUUAAUGCCCUUUUAACACAUGUAAAGCCCCUUCCACGCGAGGUGGAAAGACAGGACAGGCACUUGUAUUUGCCAGUAAUUCUCCUGAUUUUAAAGUGUUACCAGAUCAAACACUGCAAGGCAGGCAAUAGGCACUAGCAGGCAAACCUGUGAUUUGGACCACGCUUGUGAUUGCCAUCCACACAAAAUUGGUAAGUGUCUGCCUGCUGUGCAUUUGUCCCUUGUAUGGAAGGGGCUUAACUCGAGUCAUCCAUUAUAUAUGAUUAAUCUCUUAACAAUUAAGGCCCUCUAUAUGUACUCAAAGGGUCAGUGGUUAGUAAGUUCUAUAACUGAGAUUUUAGGUUUAGUAAAUAAUUAUUGAGUUAAGGUAUGAUGGUUUCCAUUAAUGUGAAUUGAACUAUGUUAUCUUCCAAAGCUGUUCAUUCUGAGGAAUCAUGCAAGCUCAGGAUGACAUGUAACUUUUAUUUUAUUUUAUGGGUGUAAUUUCUUCAUUCAAAAUUGGUAUAAUUUUUUCAUUCAACUAGUUUGCCUAUUUAUUUUAAUUGGUGCGAGGUUUUUUUUAUAUUUAGUCAGUAAACAUCUGUGAUUUUCUCUCAAAGGCUUUAAUACACAAGUCAGGCUAAUAUAAUACUCUGUGUGUAAUGGCGUUUUUUUCUAAAAGAGCCUCAUGGAAAAUCUGGCCCUAAAGCUAUCGACUUGUUAAGAGAGUUCUAGAGAAUUGUAGGUUUUAAAUUAGAUUCUUUCUAUGCUCUUAAGUUUCUGAUCUGUUAAUAGAUGCAGUGCAUGUUUGUAAUAUAUUAACAUAUUAGCAUUAUCUGAAUAUUAACCAAGGGGUCUGGAAUUAUGUUAGAAAGCUUUAUACUUCCAAAAAAAAGUCAAUAAAUGCUGGACUAAUAGACCUAGCUGAAUAAAUUAGUUCUUAAAUAAGGUGGCUUGUGUCAGAAAAAAGACAUUGCUGGUAGUUUGACAGCCAGAGGAAGAGUAAAGGGAAUAAAAAAAGGUAAACUUAUUGUAGUGGGGACAAAGGUACAUUACAAAGAACAGCUUACAGUUUUUCAUACAAGGCACAUUGUAGGUAGCUACUCUGUUAAGGGUGAUAUAGGGAGGAAACUGAACAAACACUGCAUGUGACUUUAAUUUUUUUAAGCUGUGAAUUGCAGUUGAAGGAAAAUAUACAGUACUUAACAAGAUAUCAAGACGCUUGGCAUCAAGCGGCUUAUUAUCUUGUCAAAUUUUGAAGGAACGGAAAACUUAUGAAGAAAUUUUGUCAGUCCAUUAGUCUGUUUACAGGGUGUAGAGAAAGGGGUGAAGCUUACACACUGACAAGGCGAGAGCACCCAGUCACUUCCUUGGAGGUUCAAUAAGCGGUUGUAUAUAUUUUUCAGUCAGGGCUUCCACCACAAUUUUUGCCCACUACGUAUCACUUUAUUGCCCCCCUGUGACCUUAAUAUGGGCCAAGACGGUGAUUUGAGUCAACAGAUAAUAGCAGAGAUAUGUCGUUGAAGCAAUCUGCCCUUAAAGCAAAGCAGACAUUGCAUCAGCGGGGUGGGAGGAGGCAUUCAGUUUGACACAGGGUUGCCAGAUUUUACAAAGGUGGCAACCAUGAGAUUCUAUCUCAGAAAAAGCGCUCUAAUAUGCCUAAGAAGACUUCUGAUCAAAGUUUGGCAGUUCUCAAGCAUCAAUUAGAAAGUAAUUGCUGUGUGGCAUGGCUAGGUUUUCUUUCUCUUAGUUCUAACAUUUUUCUAACAUUUCAGUUUCAUAACACUGACUGACAUGGGGUAAAAUUGUGAUAAAUGGUACAUAAUUGCAGGGUUACCACCCAUAUGACUUAUAGUAUAUAACAUAUUAAAAACCAUCACACUUACGUAGUAAACACAUUAAUCAGUAAUACAGCACAUGACAACAUGAAACUACUUAUGACACUGCAAAAGCAAAGGUAGUUACAUUUAUAAUUUUCCUUUAAACUCAAUUAUAUAAUUUUCCUUUGAUAUUUAUGAUUUUCUUUUUAUAUUUUAUUUUUUACAGUAGCACGUACUAGUUUUCAUGAUCAUUGACCAAGAAAAAGUUUCCUAUCAAUAUUUGCUCAAUAGUUUUAUACCAGCUUUUUAAAAUAUUCUUAUCUUUCCCAGGUAUACAAACUAGAGCUUUUCAAAUAGGGGAUAUUCAGUAUGAGCUGAAACAGUUGUUAAACUUGGUAGCAAGUUAUCCUUAAAUGGUAAUAAAGGGAGGUGUGGGGGAAUGCCCAUCACAUGCCAUUCUUCUUUUGGCCUCAGUGCCCAAGACAACAGGAUGCCUGAAAAAUUUGCUGUUACUCUUUACAUAGACUAUGUUAUUGCUCUUUGCAUAGACUAUGUUAUUGGUCAAAUGGACUAUUUUUAUAGAGAACUCUCAAACAGGGCAUUUUCCAAGUACACUGUAAUAGUAAAUCACUUGUAGACUGCACAGGACUGUUUCACUUCUAAUUUGAGAGACCACUAUUGAUAAACAGAAAUUGAGUCCUGAACAAUCUGUCAAGUAAGGAUAACACCACCAAGUGGGGAAAUCCAUGGUUUUCAGACUGAAGACUGACUGACAGCAGAGUGCAAGAAAUACAGCCUUGCCUGACAGAGUUGUUUCAGCAUGGAUGAACCAGGAGUCAGUGAGCUGUUGAACUGGCACUACUAGCCUGGAUCAAUUCGAAAGUGACAAAUCCAAUGCUAUUGAUCACUCAUUGAGGCAAUAUUUCAGGUUAAAUAGCAGAAGUCAUAGAAUUCUGACUGUUCUCAGUAAUGGAAUUUAUAAACUUUAAUUAUUACUUCUAUGGAAAGAAAUGGGGAACAGAAUACUGUAGUCUUGUGUUCAGUGUGGAAAUUGAGAUCAAGCAUAAAGAAAACUCCAUUUGGAGGGAGCAGGAAUUACUUAUACCAAUCUCACCCCAACCACAAAGCUCUUCUGCCAGCCUGAUUCUCACUGGCACACAGUCUAUUCAUGCAUCUGCAGUUGUGGCCAUGCAAAGGUCUUCUGACAGUUGUCCUGAACAUAAGUACUUGAGAGUAACUUAACAACUAUCCUCUGAAAUUCCCAGAAUGCUGACCUGCAGAUGAGGCUAUUUCUUCAAUCCAACUUAAAACUAAAGGUCUAACCACAUCCAAAGGGUUGGCUACAGGUCAUUUGGCCUAUGUAAAGGUUGAAAAAAUACUGGGUGGUGUGACAAGAGAACUGGGGACUCCUGGUCCUCUUUCCAAUGCUGACACCCUGUCAUUCAUGCACUCCUGGGAGAUGAAAAAGAGAUCUGAUGUGUUUAGAAAGCUAUGACAGGGAGAUUGGUGUCAUUUCUGCCCUUGUGUCAUGUACGACUUAACUUUGUGGUAAUGAUUAUCCUUUCUGCUGAACCGACAGCAGAAAAUCCUUAUACUACUGUUUGAUCAACUAAAACCAUACCUGUUUGUGUGCAUCAUGAAAGGUGUAGCCAGUGGUGUAGAAUGUCGAGAGUGUAACAUCACAGACAAUCGUUUGUGCAAAUGACAUGUAAUCACCACAAAGCCAGCAAACACACUGGUAGAGGGUGUGGCAGCUACCUGAUGGGAAUAUCUAGGCAGACAAGGCUGCUCAACAGGGUAGUAAAGGACUGUUUACUAUAAAAGACCAUCGUGAUUUCAUAGUAACACUGUUGUUCUGUUUACUGCUCCUCCUAGUACUUGAGGCACUGCUAAUGGAGGUGUGUCUUAACAAUUAUUAUUAUUAUUAAUAGGGCUUAGUUUUUCCAGACCUCUGAGUCUCAAGUAGACUUCUCGGGCUGGUUGUGUCUUAACAAUUAACAGCAUAAUAUUUUUACAGUUCAUUGAUGACAGUAUGCACAUUGAAGUGGGGAGGUGGCAUUAGCUUAACUGCACUUGUCUGAGACAGCAAAAGAAAUAGUGCAUGCUAAGUAAGGUAAUUAAAUUUUCCUUGCACUUGGAAGAGUUACUGAAUUGUGGUUCACAUGUUCUGGAGUAACAGGCUAUUCAAAAAAAAAAAUGGGGAGGGGGAGUCACACGUCUUAUUCCUCGCUCAUUCACUGUCUUGUGACUAACCAGACAUUUUGCACCAGAUUAUGCAGUAGAGAUUCGGCAGUUUUGCUUUUUGAACAGAGUAUAGAUUUAGAAAUCAGUGUCCUUCCAUUGCUAUACUACGUUGUAACCAAGUAAGCUGAUAAAGUAAGAAUGAGAAAUUACACUGCCCUUCUUGUACACCAUUCUUGCACAAAAGGCUGAAAUUAAAAGAAAAACAGUCCCUCAAAUGAGUAUACUUGGACUGCAGCAACUCAGGUGUGUGCACAUCAAAUAAGAAAGGGGUGUUGGUUACCUAAUCCCCCUCCCCACCAAAAGGAGGUCCUGAGGAAUAAGUCUUGUUGCCAGAAUGAAAAUAGUCUGGAGACUAUAUAUGUACAGAUCAAAUAGGAUGUGCAAAACCACCCUUUUACAUCUCCUUGGAGACAUGGGGAGUGGAGGUCUUCUCUGAGCUGGAAGAUGCAUCUGGUCUACAGACCCAGUACUGGAAGAGCCAGGGGGAUAAACAGAUCCCAGUGUGAGCCUGAACAUACACAGAAGGGGAUGGGGAGGAAGCAGUCUGUUCUGAGUAAGGCAUUCACAAAGGCCACAGCCAUGCUGCAGGUAUGAUGAUCACACCCCAGUGAUUUGGAAUUUCCAUUCACCAGCACUGAGGAAGAGCACAUACGAGAAAUCCUCCUGGACUACUUACAGUGUCAGAUUUCCACUUUUUCAUCUUUCUCAAAAGCAAAGAAAUUGGAGUAAAGGGGCAAGGAGGAGGACGAAGAUAAAAAUUUCUUCCUUUUUCUCGAGAAUGCCUUGGUCAUCUUUCACAUCCAAGGGCUGGUCUGGAACAGGAAACCCAGAAUAUCUGCUGGAGGUUCAGCUACUGGAUGAGCUAACUGCAAUUAAUAGUAUGCCCUUCCUCACUGGAGACAGUAAAGCUAGGGCUCAUAAGGUGGCAAUUGCUGUUGCACAAUUCCUCAUUUCCCGACAAUGAAAUGAAAAGCAUUUGUAUGAUGAGGUUGGAAGAAAGAGAGCUAGAGAAGACUGGUAGUGUCACAAGCUAGUUGAACACCUCCCUUAAUUCCUCUUAAUGUGCUACCAGACUUCUCAAUGGGAAAAGAACCAGAGAGGGCCAUUGCACAUAUAUAACAGGGUUAAUAUUAUACAAUCUUUAUCGUUACAAAAUUAAGAAAAACAUGCAGUACUAUGUGGGUCUACAGACAAAGGGCCACCUAGAUGCCAAGUCCCUUGCACAAGUAUUGGUCAUGUUUCUUCUCCAAUAAGAAAAACGAGAUCAGUUGACAUGAAUGGAGUACAUUGUAAAAACAGAAUUCAAUGCAGAUGCGGAGAAUAAUUGUGAAAAGCUUCUAAUCCAGCCCAAUGACCGCACAGAGAUGAGGAAGCACUUUAGCAACAUAUGACAGCCAAAGAAAAAGUAGUGGUUAGUGUCAGUAAGGGGUAAAGGAUAGCCCUUUACUCAACCCUCUUUAAACUUAUCCUCUAGUUAAAAAAUUACCUUUCACCAAGUUCAACAAGCAUCCCCGCUUGUGCUGAUUGGUAUAUCCUAUUUUAAAAGCCAGUAGUUUGUAUAUCUGUGGGAACAAAAUUAUAUAGGGGUGUGAAAUUCUUUCAAGAUACAUUGAGCAAGAUUGUCCCAAUAUUUUUUUAAAUACACUGUAAUCAUUACUAUUACAUUGUCAAUUUCAAGUAAAUUUGAUCUUCAAUUACAUCUGCUUGUUGCUGGUGAUAUUUGUGUAUGUAUGCAACUAUAACAGUAUGUUACUGUAUAGUAUUGUGAUAAUGGUAAAAUAUAUAUGCAUACAGUGGUACUUCAUUUGUCGAACAUUCAGUUUUCCAAACGAAAUUUUCUAGAAAAUAUUGUAUCAUUUGUCGAAAGAAUGCUCAUGCUUGGAACUGACCGAUUAUCUUGUUUAUACUUGUAUUGGAGGGCCCACAGCAUCCUACCAUUUGACAAAAUAAAUAAAAGAAAGCAUUUCAGUAUAAAAUUUAUUGUAAAAAAAUGUACAAAAUCGUACAUCACUGUGGAGAUGUCACACGCAUUUGACUUGAGACUGAAUGCAGGAGUGUUGAUAUGUUGAGGAGAGGAAAGAGUUAAAAUAUUAAAUAAUGCAUGUAGAAGCAAUAACAUCACAUAAAAAAGGGAAUUUCAUAAUAAAUUUACAAUAAUGAUAAAAUAUGAAAACAAUCAAAUGCAAUAAAGAAACAAUAAAAAAAAUUCUUAAUUGAGCCAGUGUUCAGUGCGCAAAGUGAGACAGUAUAGUUUAAGCAUAUUUAACAAAAUAGUAAACAAAAGAACAGCUUUUCACAAAAUUUAGCAUGGUCGACUAACAAAAUAAUUCUUCAUUGUGGUGAUGCACAGCUAACUUGAGAUAGAGGGAGAAAGCAUUUAUAUUUUUAAGGAAUAAUGAAUGAAUGUUUUUAAGUUAUCAUGCUUUGUGAUAUUGUUAAGGAGAGAAGAGACAGGAAAAUCUUUACUAUGUGUGUAAAAGCAGUACCAACCGACAUAAAAAAUUCACAAAUUUAACGAUGAUAAAACACGAAAACAAUCAAAAUACAAUACGGUAAUAUAAAAAAAAGUCUUACUUGCGUCAGUGUUCGGCACGCUGAGUGAUACGAUAGAGAGGAGAGGAGAAGGGAGAUGGGAGUCUGCUUCCUACUGACUCACAAGAUGGUCUGGGAUGAUUGAAUGCCUGUUUAUUUCACUUAUAGUUGAUUUCCCCAAAUCACUUCCUUUUGUUACGGUAAAAUACCUAUCUAGUGAAUUGGUAAUUACAAUUUUUUACCACUGUAAAAGUAACUCGUCUCCAUAAUAAAACACUGGCGCCGUGUUCAGCUUGUGCGUGCCUUCGAGUGUUUGUUUAAAAGACUUUUGUAAAAAGUUACUCCUUAAUCUCUCUCUCUCCUCUUCUUUUGCAUUGUAUGUAUACUUAUUUGUUUACAAAAUCCUCAGGUUUAUUUUAAAUUCUGCUGUUUACCAACAGUAAGUUGAUGUAUUGUGGCAUAAUCUGUUUCAUGCACUUAAGAUCCAAUUGUAAACAUGUCCACAAUCUUACACACUGAUUACUUUCUCUCUCUCUCUCACAGACACAAUCGGACACACACACUAUCGAUUCCUUGAUUAUCCUUGUAAAAUGUGAAUAAAAUUGAUUUUAUUCACAAUGGCCUACUGCGACCAUUUCGGUUUCCUCAAAGAGUUCCUGUCUCUCCUACCUCCAUCCCCCAGCCAGCUGUGUGCCAUUUUCACCAAACAGUUCAUAAAUUGUACGCGGAAACAAAAUUUUACUUCAUAUAACAUUGUUUUAUUACUUAAACUCUUAAUUUAAACUUUUGAACACAUUAAUUUAAAAAUGUGAAAAGGGGGGACUUUUUUGGGUUGGCUGGAACAAAUUACAUACCUUGAUUCCCUUUAUUUCUUUUGGGGAUAUUUAUUUCAUAUUUCGAACAGCCUUCUGCAACUGAUUAAGUUCAAAGUCUGAGGUAUACUAAUGUAUAGUAGUACUUGAAUUCACAUGGAAUCUUUUGGUUAAUUAUCCAACAAAGAGGAUUAAAAAUAAAUUGUAAUUACCAGCAGUCACAUCUGUGAAUAACAUUGCACACUACUCAAAAUUCUUCAGGAAUUGAUCUUGAAAUGACAGAAUAUUAAAAAUGUUAUCGUGUCUAAAUUUCAACUAAAUAUUUAGUAAUACACAAGCAAUUAGCAAAAUACAUGAUUUUUAAACCUGGCAAGGGAGUAAAUGUAAUUAGUAUAGAGUACUUGAAUUAAAGCUCCAUAAUAAACUCAUGUUUUUAUAAUGAACUAUAAUUGAAUAUUUAUAAAUAGUAUUGUAUAUAUCUGCAGUUAUGGAGUAAAAUACACAAUUUUUAAACAUGGCAAAACAGUACGUAAAGGUAUAGAGUAGUACUUAAUUCCAGUUCCAUAACAACAAACAAAGGCUUUAAGUUAUGAAUGGUCAAGAAGGAUUGUUCACGAAAUUAAAUCAAUAAGGAGUAACUACUAAUGAUAUACAAACUGAAAACAAAAUACACUAACAAUUUUAACUCAUACAGUGAAUAUUUAAAUAUAUAUUAACAUUUCUGCAUGUUUAAGGGAAGGUUUAAUAUGAUGGAGUAUUGAAAAUGCAAGUGGACACACAGUCUCGGCUGCCUUCUAAUGGAAAAUGUUAUGCAUGUGUA